AUGACCAGGGCCAAACAGCAGUCACAGCUAGUGCACAGCGCAGCACCGCCGUGGAACCAGCGUGAGCGCAGCACCCGCACACUGUCACACUCAAGUCUUCUGCCUGAAACGAUGCGUGCCAACUCUGAACACUGGCGAGUGAGGUACCCACAGAGAACUCCCAUCCCGAGAAGACCCUCGACGCGAUUCGAUGCACGUCGAUCGGCCGUAGGCCCAGCAGCAGCAAGGGCGGAUUCUCCGCCACCGCCGCCGUUGUUCGAUCUGAGACAAGCCUCUUCGUCGAGGAGGUUGUUACUGUCGCCGGCAGGGCGGCGACCGCCGGACGACCACCGUGGUGCACAGCACGCCGCUGCCGCUGCUGACGGUGGCACCGGUGUUGAGCUUGUCAGCAACAAGCGGGCGGCGGGCGGCCCGGCCGCCGAUCACGGCCGCGCGGUCCGCUUCGACCGCGUCGUGAAGCUGAUCCUGGUGCCGAGCCGCCUCGACUUGAGCGCCGGUCUGAGCGACGAGCUCUGGUGGAACGAGGACGACUACUUGCAGUUCAGAUUGGGUGCCAUCGUGGAGGGUAGUUCCGGGGUAUUGGGAAGGACUCUCCGGAAUAAGCGAUCCAAGCGCAUUCAACCGCCAGCCGCCGCCAGGCCGACCUACCAACACGGAAAGAUCGCUCAGGCGCUGGAAAGAAUGGACGGCCACGGCGGCAGCACGCGCCCCCCCAUCCGUCGGCAGUUCAAGGUUCAUCUAUCGUCUUCCCCCUCCUUUCGAGUCCAGCCGGUUACCCCGCCCCCGUCUCCAGCCAACGCCAACGAGACUUCCAUCGGGCGUGGUGUUGCAGACGAGAUGGAUCACCCCGAUGCUUCAGGGUCUUCCCCCCGGCGUAAGGGCCAUAAAGGGUGGACCUUUGCGGAGGGUUUCGAUGGCCUGGUUGGCCUUGGCCUCCUACCGGGCUCGGUGGAUCCCUGA